GGCUUAGUCCAAAAAGAAAAAGUAUCCGCAUCGAAGCAGUACUCGUCACUGUCUUACCACGGAGAGCGGUACAAGAACCCGAAAACAAACAGAAAAGCUAGGGCUCUUUUCCCGCCCUUUUUUUUCUCUCCGACGAGUUAGCGUCAAUGGCGGGAUGGAGUCGAUCCUCGAGCUCUCCGGCGAAGAAUCUCCUCCCUUCUCAGGAGCUCCUCGAUGAUCUCUGCAGUCGCUUCGUUCUGAACGCUCCAAAAGAGGAUCUUGAAUCGUUCGAGAGGAUCUUGUUCCUCCUCGAGCUAGCCCACUGGUUUUAUGAAGACAACUCCGUUGAGCAGAAUCCCUCGCUCAAAUCUCUCUCCUUCAAGGAAUUUACAUCACUCAUGUUUAAAAGUUGUGCUGCAUUGAGGCCGUAUAUUGCGUAUAUUGAUGAUAUUUACAAGGAUUUCACUUCGUACAAGUAUCGGGUACCAGUGAUGGGUGCAAUCAUCUUAGAUGAGACUUAUGAAUGGUGUGUACUUGUGAAAGGCUGGAAAGCUGGUGCCAGCUGGAGUUUUCCCCGUGGCAAAAGGGCAAAAUACGAGGAAGAUCAUAUGUGUGCUGUACGAGAAGUUUUGGAAGAAACAGGAUUUGAUGUUUCUGAACUUCUAAAAGUGGAUGAUUAUAUUGAAGUUGUAAUAGGGGAGCAGAGGGUUAGACUCUACAUAAUUACUGGGGUGAAGAAAGAUACUGUCUUUGCACCUCUAACUAAAAAGGAGAUCGGCGAAAUCUCAUGGCACAGACUUGAUGAACUUGACCCAGCAGGAGAAGAUGCAAGGUCACGAGGAGUUAACGGGUUGAAGCUUUACAUGGUCGCACCUUUUCUAACGUCUCUAAGAUCAUGGAUCUCAAGGCAUUGUCCUCCUGUAUCUAAGAAUUCCAUUGCGUCAAACAGAGGCACAUCCGUUUGGAAAGUGAAAGAUAGUUCUGGAAGUGGAACAAGCAUGCAAAAUGCAUUACAAAGAGUGGGUUCUGAGCCUCAAAUUAUCGAUCUCGGUCCAGGUAAAAGCUUCAGAAACUUCAGGUUUGAUACUAUCAAAAUCCUACAGUCCAUGGAAGUUGCAUUUGCUGCUAGUUGAUGCAUUUGUAUUCGUCUAGUUGUAUGUUUGUAAAUAUGCAACCGUCAUGUUUUGGAGCCGAAAGAAGUGAUCCAUACGGUUGAAAAAUAUAGGUACAGUGGACAACCAACUUCGAGUAGCUGGUUAUGAGGGAAACAUGUAAUCUUUGUUAAACUAUUGCGCAAGUUUUUUCUCUGUUUCUUUGUCGAUCAAAAAGACUAUGGCGAGCUAUCCAAUUUCAGAA